AUGGGGAGUCCUGGUGAGAGGAAACGUCUCUUUCUCAUAGACACUGAUCCUGGUCUCGAUGAUGCCCAAGCCAUUUUAAUGGCCUUAGCAGUAGAUAGUAUAAAUGUUAUUGCUCUUACGACUGUCCAAGGAAAUUCUUCUUCUUAUGCUAGUUGCCUGAAUGCGCUACGCCUGCUGAAAGUUGCUGACAGACUUGAUAUUCCAGUUUUCCCAGGUUGUGAGCGUGCCCUGAUUUCUCCAACCUUAACUGCCCCUUUAUACCAUGGGGAAGACGGAUUUGGAGAUGUACCAGAUAAAGAGGCACCUGGUUUGGAUAUGGCCCAGAGUGAACAUGCAGUUCUUGGUUUAAUACGCCUUAUCCAGGAAAAUCCAGGAGAGAUAACUCUUGUUGCUCUUGGACCUCUCACAAAUAUUGCAAUGGCAAUCCGGCUUGAACCUACGUUGGGCACUAAAUUAAAAAACUGUUACAUUAUGGGAGGUAACUACCGAGGAAUUGGCAAUGUAACAAGAAGUGCUGAAUUCAACUUUGCUAAUGAUGCAGAAGCUGCACAUAUUGUCCUGACAGAACUUAAGUGUCCUAUUACAUUGAUUACCUGGGAAUUAUGCACAGAUAUGAAACAACCUCUUACCUUUUGGGAAAGAUUGUUAACUCUGCCAGGCAGGAAAGCAGCCUUUAUGCAUAACAUCCAGAACAAUGUCAGGAGACGGAAAGAAGAUUAUGGUUUUUACAUCAUGUGUGAUGAACUUGCUAUGGCUGCAGCCAUUAAUGAAGAGACCAUCUUAGAAAGUCAUGCUGUUUAUGCAGAGGUUGAAACACAAGGAAAAAUUACGAAAGGACAACUCGUUUCUGACUGGAGAAACUCCACAGGUAAACAAGCAAAUGUUCGACUUGUUACAAAGAUGGACAUAAAUCAAGUAGAGGAGCUCUUAAUAAACACUUAUAAUGAAUAA